AAGUGAAAAAAUAAAUAAUAUAAUAAAAUAAACUAAUAAAAAUUUCUGAAUAUGUGUCUAUUUUCGAAAGGACGUCAUCAUUGGAUAUUGGUGCUCUGUGGAAUUGCAAUAUUUUCACCCAUUUGCAUUACUAAAACACAUCAUCAUAACCAUGUCUAUGGUGUUAACAAUAAUAAUCAUCAAAGUAAUGUAAGCAUAUUGAAAGAUCCAGUUACGGAACCAACGACAACUCCGGCGUCAAUGAAAUCGCGUGAUAUUGUCAUUGGUCCAUGCAGAUGGGUAAUUGAUCGUAAAUGUCCCGAUAAUGAUAUUAAAUUUUAUUUAUAUACACGCAAAAAUAUGAUGGAUCGUCAGUAUUUGUACGUAGAUGACACGCUGGAGAAAUCAAAUAUAACCGAUUCAUAUUUGAAUCCACAAUAUCCAACGAAAAUAAUCAUACACGGCUAUAACUCGGAUAUGUUUCUAAAUCCGUUGCAUGUAAUGCGCGAAGAAUACCUGUCAAAAGCAAAUUUCAAUAUAAUUUAUGUCGAUUGGAGCAUAUUAACACCGGGCCCUUGCUAUAUAAGCUCUGUACAUAAUACCAAGCAUACAGGUGCUUGUGUGGCGCAAUUAAUUGAACGUUUACUAGAUUUCGGUAACUCUGAUGUACACUUAAUCGGAUUUUCAUUAGGGGCACAAGUACCUAAUUACGUAGCCAGAAAUUUGCCUACAUAUCAGCUGCCAAGAAUAACAGCUUUGGAUCCAGCCAUGCCAUUAUUUAUAACUGCACCCAAUAGUGAUAAAUUGGAUCCCAGUGAUGCUGCAUACGUAGAUGUUAUACAUACAAACGCAAUGGUUCAAGGCAAAUUGGAAAGAUGCGGCCAUGCCGAUUUUUACAUGAAUGGUGGAAUAAUGCAGCCCGGUUGUUAUAUACAAGGAACAAAUCCUUUUGCUUGUAGUCAUCAACGUGCUCCAGCUUAUUUUUUAGAAUCGAUACGCUCACGUAAAGGUUUUUGGGGUUGGGCGUGUAGCUCAUACAUUGCCUAUAUACUCGGUAUGUGCCCGCCAACAAAUUUCUUAGUAGAAGCUGGUGAUAGCAUUAGGCCUACUACAAGAGGCAUGUUUUUCAUAAAUACAAACGACAGCUCACCUUUUGCUUUGGGUAAAUGGACCGACUUACCUAUAUUAGGCAUGAAAGAUAGUAAAACAUCAUCAACAAUUUCAACAAAUCGAACCCCAUCUAUAACAAUUCCGCAACCCAAACAAAACAGCGAGCCUUUACUUAGACAAAUCGAUGAGUGGGGAAAAUUGGAUUCGAAUUUCAACAAUUUGCCAUAUUCCAUUGAAUCAUUUACAUCUGAUAUUGCUAUGAAUAAUUGGACAUUUUUCGAAAAUGAAAACACCAACGAAACAACAAAUAAUUCUAAAGAUAAUUCUAUUGAGGAACAAGAUUUAGAUGAUACGGAUAUCAAUAACAAUCAAGCGACUAUUAAUGCAAAUGGGAAAAAAGACAAAAAUAUUGCUAAUGAUAACUUUAUAUGGAAUGAGUAUCGCCAGAACUUAACUUCCGGAUUCGUUGACAAUAGUCUUUUUAAAGUGCCCCGUUUACAAUAA